AUGUGGGCGUGUUCUCAGGCGCCAUAGUGAACGCCUCAAUUGCGGCUCCUCAUCAGGGACACGCUGAGUGAAAACCUCCAAAUCAGACAGAAGACCAGCGGACACGCCCGGUAUCCGUCCCUUCUUCUCGCCGGUUCGUUGUCGGUUAUGGCGGCUCUUCGCGGGUUUUGUUGCGGCUGUUUGCUGCUGGCACUGCUGCUUCCUCUGCAAGUCCUGUCUCAGGGCCUGGACCUGGCAGAUGCGCUUGGUGAUGACAGCAUUAAAACCACCACUCCAAAGCCAGUAGGCACCAAGGCGCCUUUCAAGCCCAAACCCAAACCAGCUGAUGAUGGCUUUGACCUGUCUGAUGCCUUGGACCCCAACAAUGACAUUGGUAACAGGGACAAGAACAAGGGGCAGAGUGGAGGAGGAUUUUCCGACAGUGACCUAAUUGAUGUCAGCAAAGAUGACAACUACAAGCCUGACAAAGGCAAAGGUGGACGACCAAGUGGUGACCGUGAUCACAUUAACCAGUAUGACGACAACAGCGAGACCACAGCAGAAGUGGGCACCAUCGCAGGCAUUGCUAGUGCCGUUGUCAUGGCGCUGGUGGGCGCGGUCAGUAGCUACAUCUCUUACCAGAAGAAGAAAUUGUGCUUCAGUAUACAACAGAGCCUGAAUGCUGAGAUGGUGAAGGCUGACAAUCCCAAUGCUGUGGUGGCAACAGAACCACAAGUCCAACAAACGCUUCUGGAGCCUGCCAGUGCUGAACCCCGCAUAGAGGAGAAUGUUGUGUAGCUUACACACACACACGCACACACACACACAGGCCGUAUGUAGGAGUGCACUGUGUUGCAGAAAUGAUGAAUUUGAAGUAGCUAACAUUGUUAGAAUAUUGAUUCCCAGCCACCAAUGUAUUUUUAAGGGUAAGGAUCCAUAUUCAGGAAUUUUGACUGACAUUUCCCAUUUAGCAAUGAUUUCUUAUUUGAACCAGAUUUACUAACUCAUAGCCACUGGUGACUGAAUAAUGUUUCACUAUAACAACAACAAUAAUGCGUUGGCAUCAGUAUGUGUGACUAAUGCUAUUAAGGUGUUCUCAUUCCUGCAAAAUGUGACAUAUAUUUAUUUAUUUCGGUUGUUGUGUAAUCUUUGCUGCUUUUUUUUUGUUAAAAAAACAAUUAACAGUACAAGUUACAGUUACAGUACAAGUAACAGGUACUGGAGCUGCUUCUUCUAAAACAGGGGUGUCCAAACGUCUUCCACCGAGGGCCGCAUACUGAAAAUCAAAGAAUGCGGGGGUGCCACUUUGAUAUUUUUAUGUAUUUUUUAAUUUUGGAAAAAGGCUAAAAAAAAACCCAAAAAGCUUAAAAUUAUUAGUAUCAAAAUUUCAGCUUCUUCUCUUUACAUUUUUCCUGGGUUCUUUGGUUGAAUUUUAGUUCUACAAUGUGUCGCGGACCAAUAAAAAAAAAUGGCGCCCGGGCCCCACUUUGGAUGCCCCUGUUCUAAAAUGUAAAUAAUUUUUUUUUCCAACUUUGCUUCUCACAGCAAUGCCCCAAUGAAGGAAGUGUAGAGAAGUUUGGAUGUUUAUUGAUUGUUCUUCCUGUGAGGCAAGAUAAAACAAAAGUUCAAAGGUCGUUUAGCUGAAUAGAAUGGACAUUUAGUUUGACUGUCGCUGCAGUAUUUAGCUUUAGCACUGUGGUACAACUACAAUAAUGGCUGUGUCUCAAAUGGAAUACUUCCGUCAGUACACUUCAGUAAGUAUCCUGUGUACACUGUGUACUUAGUAACUGAGUGCACUAAAUUUGAGGAAAUUUGUUGUCCCAAAACCAUUAAUGUUCUGACGCGCUUACUGGAAAUGAUGAUUAGAAUAUUUACGCACGUCCUCUAUUUUUUUUAAAGAAUUAAGUGAAUUGCAACCACUCAAGUUAUUCCCUCCCCUUCCGAUGCAGCCAAGACGGCGACUAUUGACGUACUGUAAUUGGUAUUGGUAAGUGUCCAUCACUACACACUGACUGUUUUUGUGUGUGUCUUGAGUGCACUACAUUUUGCCAUCUUCAGUGUGAACCCAUUCAUACAAUCAAAAUGCUGUAAGUGUAAGUACACAAGUGUGCAAAUUGAGACACAGCCACUUUGGUGCUUAGCCUUUAACCUUCUCUUUUUUACACUUUUUACCUUUUGCUAAGAUAGUUUUCUGGACUGCCUUUCACUGUUUAUCUGCUAUUUACUGUCAUUUUAGAGCUCUGAUAGCAUCAUAAUCAUAAUGAUAAUCAUAAUUCAUGUUAGCGCCUGUGUCCUCUUCUCUUGCUGCAAAUUUGGAUUUGACCAAAGACGGCUGAUUAAGUGACUUUUAGAAUCACAUGCUUGCACAUGGGGCACUAAAGAAUGUAACAACAUGAUUGAUGAGUGAUUUGGAGUGAAAGUGUAGCAUUUAUGCACCUCCGACCUUACAAAUAAUGUGUCUCACUUCCUGUUGCGAUUAUUUGGUAAACCAUUGAAGUCACAACAUGACAUUUUAUCAGCACAAUGGUACAAUUCCUAUACUUGCACCUGUCUAAUCUACUUCCUGUGUGUAAAUAUGACAACGUGUACAUAUUGUCAAUCCAUUUGGACAACGAAAUGUUUGCAUCUUUCAUCAUUUUGUGUCCACGUUCUCUCUUUAUUCCAACAUCUUUCACUUCAUGCUAGCAGUAUGCACUCGUACAAUAAAUAAAUCCUUUGGGGAAGACUGACA